GCAACUCACUCCUGCAGCGCGCGAGGCGAGGAAGAUGAUGAUGAUGGUAUGUGGGCUGUGACUGUGAUUAACGCAAACAGAGCGGAUUCAGAUCUUACUACACAGUGAGCACCUGCUGGUGGCAGAUCUGAGUGCUUGAGCUCUGGGUGUGACGGUUGGUUGUCUUUUGUCCUGCACCUGCUUCCUCUCAGAGGAACUGGAAUAUCUUCUCUGGAAUUUCAUUUAAUUGAAAAGUUACACGUGCUCAUGCUCACUAGUUCACUGGUGCAUCUGUCUUAACGCAUCUUUAACUCGUGUUCAUGUGAUUAUUGGUGCUCAUCUGAUGUCACACAGUGAGCGAGCGCGCUCCAGAUGCACGCGCUGUUUGAUCGGAAUUGGAAAGGGCUGGGAAUCGAUCUGACUCCGGUCUCGUUGCCCCGCGUUGCCGUGAGGAUGUUCAGCUGUGUCGGGUGUUUUUGGGUGCUCCUGUCCUCCGCCCUGGUCGCGGUUUGCAGUUUUAGUUUCAUCUCUCCCGCGUGGAUAGUGAAGGAGCAGCUGAAAAACAAGGACUCCGUGAGUUUCGGGCUCCUGUGGCACUGCUCCGAGUCUCAGGAUCAUAUGUACAGAUGUUACACCUUUGGCGGGCUGGGCAAAUUUCAAGAGAUUCCAUCAAGCUCUUGGCAGACGAGUGCGGUGCUGUGUUCAGGUGGAUGUGCUCUGCUGGCAGUCAGCUCCCUGCUGGCCAUCAUCACCAUCUUUCUGCCCAGCGGAGCCUGUGAGAGGAGGAUCUGCACAUUGGCAGGAUACAUGCAGAUGGCUUCAGUGGUCAUCAUGGCAUCUGGUUUACUGGUGUACCCCUUCGGUCUCAGCUCUAGCCUGGUCAAAUCUUUCUGCGGAGACUCGGACAUCUACUACGCCGGGGAGUGUCAGAUAGGAUGGGGCUACAUGCUGGCUAUCGUAGGUGUCAUGCUCACCCUCUUCCUGCCCUUUUUCGCUAAGUAUGCCCCCAAGGAGCAGCUGUCACCCACCCCAUUGCCCACUCUUUUAUAGAGCACCACCAACAAUAUUCAACCUGCUCAGACAUCAUAACUAUAAAGUGAUCAAUUUAAGGUCAGACUGUGACGUCUCAGCAUCGUUUGCCAUGGACAGUAAUGAUGUCAUGAAGAUAAUGUUGCUCUGGAGCAGAACUCAAAACCCUUCAUUCCCUCUAUUCUCAUUGGGCUUUUAGUUUUUAAUUGUUUUUUUUUUCUCGAUAAGGUCUUUUCUUUUUCAUCACAGUCAACCUGCAAGGUGACAAAUUCAUUUGAAAAGGAUUAUAUGGAUUUUGGCCGUUCUUUCCCUUCUUUCUAAUUUAUUUUCAAGCUUUGUUCUUGAUUGAAAGACCUCUAAGGACUAACUACUGAAAAUAACGGAUAAUGGACCAUGGUGCAAAUUAGUAUUUUUUUUAACAUUUUGUUUGCAAGGAUCAAAACCAAAAAUAGCUAAUUAAAUGAAAAUUGAGUAACAAUUUCCAGUCAUAUUUUACUGAGGCUUAUCAGCAUGCAAUGAAAGGAUAACAAAAGAAAUGGACUUCCUUUAAUGGAUCCAACAGGUUUAAAAGAACAGUUUCAUCAAGUUCAUCUGAACUCAAACUCAGUAAAUCUGACAGUCGGAAAAGUUUCACUUUAGACCGUUUUAUCACCUGAUUUAUCACUUAUUCAAGGACCAACACUGUGGCUUAGGUAAACUGAAACCUCACAGGCGUCUGUCUUGAGUUUUCUUCAUUUUAUUUCUAAUAACCUCGUGAGGGCCAUCAAGGGACUGUAUUUACAGUGCGGACCAGGCCGUUGCUUCAGACUGCCAUGGAUGGACCACAAGCAUGGACUUUUCUCAACUGUAUGUGAAAGUGAAAUGAUCCCACUAGUGAAUCAUUUGUUUUCCCAAAAUGAGUGAACAGGAUGUGUUGUGAAGUCUCCUUUCACGUCCUUUACCUUAACAUCUCCUAGUACUGAACUGUUCAGGAUUCCUCGAAUCAGGAGCAAGGCUGUUCUUAGUUAAAGUUGGACUGCAUUAACAGUGAGACACUAUGUUCUGGAACAUACCAACUUCUAACCAACUUGUGCCUUUUGACCAUUAUUAAGACUUAAGUACCUUUCAUCAGGUAAACUACUUCUAAAACAUUUUGUAAAUGCUUUCUUGUUGGAUUAACAUUGUGUGAUUAUUUCUCCAUGUCUUUAUCUUUAAUGGUGAUUCGUUUUAACUCGUAAGUUUUUAAUGUUGGCGCUUCUUGAAAGCUGUUUUGUUUUGAAGGGGUUGCGAAAAUCAACAAAAUGACUAAAGUUAAAUUAGCCAGUCAUUGAACAAGACAGGACCACCUAUUCAGUCCUGAUUUGACAUGACAGAUUUAUGCAUUUCUUUGGGAAAAUUUGCUGUAACGAUUAAGCUAAUGCAUUUACUCUUGUUACAGCAAUACGGUGAAGCUAAAGCUUCUACUUGGAUCAUUAAAUAUUGCACUUGGCUCACUUUUGCUCUUGUGUUGAUUCAUUUGUGUAUUAUGUGUUCAGACUGGCUAAAAAACAUUGGCACUCAACUGCCCUCUUUGUAGAUUUAACACCAAAUUCUGAUACUAUAGAUAUGCUUACAGUGAAACAAGGGGUAACUGAAGCUCAGAGGACAGAGCACAACUAAACUGGCAUGAAAUGCCAACCAUAACAGGCCCUUUAAACGUGUUUAUGCAGGAGUACACUGGCGUCCUCCGAUUGCCAUGACAGUGAUGGCAACUUGAAUUCUUGAGUUCUGUUUAUGAUCAUGUAUGUGAAGUCUGACCACUGGUAGAUCUUAGAUCUUGUAGAUUAGUGCUGUGAUGUUUUGGUUGUAAAUAAUUCUGUAACAUGGCAUCCUGAUGUUUGGUUCCCUUUUGGAAGAGAUAUUUUGAGAUGUUACCUCAUCAUUGUGUUUAACCUUUACCAAAUUGCUGUUGUUUCUUCUUUGUA